AUGUCAAUCACAGUCCAGCCCGUGUCCGACGCCGAACUCCACCGGUCGUGCGUCAUCGAGGGCGCUGCCUACGCCUACAGCGACCUGACCCGCAUCCUCUUCCCCGGCCCGUCGCCGCCAGACUCGCACCAGAAGCGCGUGGACCAGCUGAUCCAGCUGCGCGCCGAGGACCCGACGGUUGUGUUCAUGCAAGCCAUCGACACGGCGUCGGGCCGCAUGAUGGCCUCGUCGAAGUGGCACAUCUACCGCACCGCGGCCGACACGCAGAUUCCGCUGCGCAAGCGGGAGUUUGGCGCUGGCACGAACCCGGCGGCGUGCGAGGCGUUCUUUGGCGGCAUGGCGGCGCGCAAGAAGCAGAUUCUGGGCGACCGGCCGCAUGUUUACCUGCAUAUGCUGCACACGGACCCGGAGUAUCAGGGGCGCGGGGCGGGGAGUGCGCUGAUGGAGUGGGGCAAGCAGCGGGCGGAUGAGCUGGGGCUGCCGUUGUAUCUGGAGUCGAGUGCGGUGGGGCAUGGGUUUUACUUGAAGCACGGGUUGAAGGAUAUUGAGGUGAUGGAUAUUGAUUUCAGUCCGUUUGGGGGUUCGGUUCACAAGCAGCCGUUGAUGAUGCGAGAGGUGUCUGGGUCACGGUGA